GUCACACCUUCUGCUCCUGGCCCUGGAUCGGUUUUCAAAGCAGGCGGUCAAUGUCCAAUGGAAUGGGGUGUAGGUACUGCUUCUCGUUGGACUUCCAUGACGAUCGAUUUGAUGACGGGUGAUAAUCAAAGUAUGGUAAAAGUGACAAAUGUUGCAACAAACAUCGACGGAACAACACAAUCUUCUCAUACAUGGACUUGUCCUGAAGUUGAUCCAAAUGCACCAGUUUACUUUUAUCAAUUCACAGAUAAGAAUGGCGCAAAUCCUGCUUGGACAACACGUUUCACCAUUGCUUCCGAUUCAGGCGCAGUUGUAGCCGCACCCAAUCCAACUCAACCCGAUGGAUCUGCAAUUCCAUGGGGUAUUGGUAAGUUG